CUAAUGAUACGCAUAUAUAGGUACCUACCUUUAUAUAAGUCAUGUAUAUGUAUCUUUUACGCACUUAUAUCAAUCUAUCUACCAUACAAAUCGAGCAGGUGAUCAUCGACGAUCGUCUUAUGUAGGCCCAUAUCUUGUUUGCUUAGGGUGUAUUCAUGCGUGUGACUAUUCACCAAGGGCUUAUCUAUAAUGCUACAGUCAACGGCGGGGUCGAAAGGAGAGCAGGCCGAAAGCCGCGAGGGCAUACAACUUAAAUACCUGGCCAUUUCUAUGUAUCCGUAACUAACUCCCCAAGAAAUGAACGUCUUAAAUAAUAUCUACCGAAGGGCGCGCCUUAGGUUGACCUUCGUUUGAAUAUAGCUCCUUACGACUAAAAGAUCCAUUUAGGCAAGAAUGGCGACUGUAGACAUCGGUGUCUUUAUCCCCAUUGGCAACAAUGGCUGGUUGAUAUCGACUACCUCGCCUCAGUACAUGCCUACCUUUGAGCUGAACAAGCAGGUCGUCCAAAAAGCCGAGGCCUAUGGCUUUGACUUUGCGCUUUCCAUGAUCAAGCUACGUGGAUUCGGCGGUAAAAGCGAGUUUUGGGAUCAUAACCUAGAAAGCUUCACCCUCAUGUCCGCCCUGGCUGCUGUCACAUCAAAGAUCAAAUUAUUUGCCUCAGUGGCCGUACUUACCCUACCCCCAGCCAUAACCGCUAGGAUGGCUACGACGAUUGACUCUGUAGCGCCUGGAAGAUUUGGAAUCAAUAUGGUCACUGGUUGGCAAUCCGCCGAGUAUACUCAAAUGGGUCUUUGGCCCGGCGACGAGUACUUCGGGUACAGAUACGACUAUGCCACCGAGUACGUCCAAGUCAUGAAAGAGCUUUGGAAAGAAGGCGUAUCAAACUUCAAGGGGAAAUAUUUCCAGAUGGAUGACUGCAAGCUGUCCCCUCGACCAAAGGAUCUGGGUGUGGAUAUUGUCGCCGCCGGUCAAUCAGGCAGGGGAAUCGAGUUCGCUUCGAAGUAUGCGGAUUACAACUUCGUGAUAGGCGCCGGAAUCAACACCCCAACGGCAUACGGCCAAGCGACAUCUCGUCUCGUCGAAGCAGCUGCUAAGACGGGCCGUGACGUCAGCUCAUAUGUUCUCUUCAUGGUUAUUGCCGACGAAACCGACGAGGCGGCCCAGGCUAAGUGGAAAUUGUACAACGACGGUGCUGACGUGGAUGCGUUAGCCUGGAUGAAGUCGCAGUCGUCGAAGGAUGUCAACGCAGACGCCAACUCCACGGCUAGGAGCUUGGGUCUCCCGGAAGGAUCCGUGAAUAUCAACCAGGGCACCUUGGUGGGCUCUUAUGAGAACGUUGCGAGCAUGUUGGAUGAAGUCGCAUCUGUCCCAGGGACGAAGGGGAUUAUGCUUACAUUCGACGACUUUUUGCUGGGUAUAGAGACGUUUGGUCAGAAGAUACAGCCGUUAAUGAAGAGUCGACAGGGCAGGGUGUAAGUUGGGGAUCUAACAAGGGUAGGUUGCGAUAUCGGUUUAAUGUUCUCCCUUUUCAUAGUUUGUACUCUGAAGAUAAUGAUGUACACAUAUGAUGGGAAAGGGAUGGUUUAUUGACCUGUAGCUAUGUGGCGUUAAAUAGUUACCGCUCAUUUAUCUGGUAUCCUAGGCUACUAAAGCAGUAGGGUUAUGAUUAUGAAUAUAACUGAUAUUCUUUUGUCCUAAACUAAACGAUUUCGCAUGGUAUAGGAUUACCCAAAUGACCACUCACUUUUCAUAUAAUAUAUAUCGUUCACUCUG